CAAAUGAUGUAUAUUGAAAUGUUUACACCCAUAGGAAGGCGGUACUUGUGAUGCAGACAGGCUCAAACCCAAAUAAUGUGCUGACCUAUAACGAGGAGGAGGGAACAGUGCAUUGAUAAAAAUGGCAAUUCCCUGCGCUCAGACUCACACAGCUGGGAUUUUACAUCAGUCUCGGCGGGUGACAACUCAAUGCUGCCAGACAAGGACGGGAGUCAGCGGACCUCAGCGAUUCUGUAAUUAAGAUGGUUGUUCUUUUUGGACAAUACUUGUGGCUUCGUACCAAUCGCCUCUUCGUUCACACAAAGUGGCAGCUGAGGAAGCAUUAUUGGAGCAUUUCUAUUGCUGGCAAAGAAAUGUCGCUUCCCCAGCACAGCGUGGAGAUCUUUCAGGCAGCAGUCAAUGCUGUUUUACCUCAGACCAUGAUAAGGAACAAUGUUCGGGUCGAGGGCGAGAGGCUAACCGUGCAAAACCAGAGCUUCCCAGUCCAUAAGAAUGUCUACCUGGUUGGCUUCGGGAAAGCUGUGCUGGGAAUGGCAGCUGCUGCUGAGGACCUCUUAGGAGAGCACAUGCUGCAAGGUGUAAUCAGCGUCCCGAGUGGUAUUCAGGAGGUCCUACGGGCCACUGGGAAAAUAGACAUGCUUUUAAAGCCUCAGACCAAAAUGCAAGUCAUUGAAGGAGCCAAACAUAACCUUCCUGAUGAGAAUGCACUGACAGCAGCCAACAGAAUCCAACAUUUAGCUGAAGGACUUACAGCAAAGGAUCUACUCUUUGUACUCAUCUCAGGAGGAGGUUCAGCUUUGUUACCAGCCCCUAUCCCACCGGUCACUUUGCAGGAGAAACAGAGCCUGACUAAACAACUUGCUGCUAAAGGAGCAACAAUUCAUGAACUCAAUACAGUUCGCAAGAGUCUCUCUCUACUCAAAGGCGGAGGCUUGGCAAAAAUAGCCAAUCCUGCACAGGUGGUCAGUCUUAUUAUGUCUGAUGUUAUUGGAGAUUCUCUGGAUAUUAUUGCCAGCGGUCCUACUGUACCAAGCUCCCAUAGAACAGAAGACUGCUACAAGAUUCUAUCAAAAUAUAACCUGGAGUCAUCCAUACCUGAAUCUGUAAAAGAAGUUCUUUCUCGGGCCAAAGGGAGUACAACCCAUGGAGAAAGCCAGGACUUUGCUCACGUCUGCAAUUUUAUUAUUGGGUCAAAUGCAAUUGCAUUAAAACAAGCAAAGUGUCAAUCUGAAAGUUUGGGUUAUAGCACUUCUGUCUUGUCUACUGCAGUGAGUGGGGAUGUCAGGAAUGUGGCCAAAUUGUACAGUAUGUUGAUUCAGUAUGCAUGUUCCACUCUAGCAGACUCUAAUUCUGUCCAGCAAGGCAACCUGAAAGAUGCGAUCCUGCAGACUAUUGCGAUGAUGGACAUUCCUGACUUCCAGCUAGAUAACUGCCUGAUAGCUUUGGAAGAGUCACGAGGUUCUGGGAGGCCAGUUUGCCUGCUGGCAGGAGGUGAGACGACAGUAAUGCUACGGGGCAAAGGUAAAGGAGGUCGAAAUCAGGAGAUGGCCUUGCUUGUAGCCCUUGAAUUGCACAAAGCAAAAUUAACAAGGUCACAGGACCCCCUUUCAGAGCAUGAAGUUAUUUUUCUUAGCGGCGGGACAGAUGGGCAGGAUGGUCCUACAGAAGCUGCUGGGGCAAUAGCUUACACCGAGCUGGUUGAUGAGGCUAUAAGUGAAGGGCUCAAUGUAGAAGACUUUCUCAGCAACAAUGAUUCCUUUACAUUCUUCAGCAAGUUUAACAAUGGAUCCAAUCUGAUUGUAACUGGCCUGACAUGUACUAAUGUCAUGGAUGUGCAGGCAAUUCUAAUCAGACCUAAGAGAAGAUAAGUGUUGAGCAUGCUCUUUCCACUUUAUGCACCUUUAUGCCUAUGUGAUCUGGAAAUAAUCAAGAGGCUAGAUUGUUUCUUUAAUCAAAUCUACUCAGUAUUUACCAUGCAUGUUAACAAAUAUAGAUUUUCUAUGUUUUGAAACUGAAAGGGUAAAAUUCCUUUUGGUGCUAAAAUGUAGCAACUACUGUGUGUCAAUAGAUUUAUAAUAUAAAACAUGAGUAUCAAAUUCAGUAAUUGAAGUGUAAAAGGUUAAGCCUUUCUACUCGAUAAAAUGUAUGAACUGGAUUUGAAAGAAUAAGAAUAUUUACAAUAAAAAUGUAGUAA